AUGAGAAAAGAGAUGGAAAACAAGCUUGAAGCAAAAGACAAAAGCAUUCAGAAAAGAAUACCACGUUCGGUACCAAAAGGAAAGGAAAAGAACUAUAAGUAUAUGAUUUAUACUGAAGAGAUGGAAAAUGAAGAAGAUAAAGAUAUGGUUAUGUUGCAUUUAGUCAGAAGAAACAACAAAAGCUUUUACGACUUAGCUAAGAUUUACAAAUCUGACAAAAAUUGGUUCUAUCGCGAAAACUUACCGAUUUCAAUGACACCGAAUGAAGAUGUGAAACAAAUAGUUCAAGAUACGUUACCUCAAACACACUAUGAUAUGAAAGGUUGUACAAUACUUACAUUCAAAGAAGACUUACCGCUACUGAAAGAAAAAAUAACAGAGUAUUUUGACAACUUCAAACAAGCAGAGUAA